UAAAAGCAUUCGCCAGUCUCCGUCUUAAAAAUCUUCAUGCAACUAACCACUCAGUUCCUUUCCCUCCAAAACCCUCCACUUCUCUCUCACCGCCACCGCCACCGCCACUACUCUCCCUCGACCAGACCUUUCAAACUCAAACUCAUCAACUCGCUUGCCAACUCACCCGAGUCACGCUCAUCUGAACUCGCAACCGCCCUCCAAAGCGAAACCUUGAAAACCUUAGAAUGGCCUUCCCUGUGCAAUUACCUCUCUCCCUUCACAUCUACCUCCAUGGCCCUAUCCCUUACCAAAAGCGCCGCAUUCCCCAUCGGUCAAUCCCAGGAAGAGUCCCAGAAGCUUCUGGACCAAACCACCGCCGCUUUGCACGCCAUGGAGGCCUUGAAAUCGGAGCCAUUGGAUCUCUCUGCCAUCGAGGACGUCUCAGGAAUCCUCCACUCUGCUGGUUCAGGACAGCUGCUAACAGUAAGGGAGCUUUGCAGAGUUCGGAGGACGCUUGGCGCCGCAAGAGCCGUAUCGGAGAAGUUGGCAGCGGUCGCAGAAGGAGGUUCUUUGAAGAGGUACACUCCAUUGCUGGAAAUACUUCAGAAUUGCAAUUUCCAGAAGGAGUUGGAGCAAAAGAUAGGAUUUUGCAUAGACUGCAAUCUUUCAACUGUCCUUGAUAGAGCUAGUGAAGAAUUGGAGCUUAUUAGGGCUGAAAGGAAGAGGAACAUGGGAAAUCUGGAUUCUCUGUUGAAAGAAGUAUCAGUUAAUGUUUUUCAGGCUGGAGGCAUUAACAGACCUUUGAUAACUAAGCGGCGGUCAAGGAUGUGUGUGGGUGUAAAGGCCUCUCAUAAAUAUCUGCUUCCAGAUGGUGUGGUUCUGAACAUUAGCAGCUCUGGUGCAACAUAUUUUAUGGAACCCAAAGAGGCAGUUGAGUUGAACAACAUGGAAGUAAAGCUUUCAAAUUCUGAAAAAGCUGAGCAAAUGGCUAUUCUGAGCCUGCUUACAUCUGAAAUAGCAGAAUCAGGAGCUGAGAUAAAGUAUUUGUUGGAUAAACUUCUAGAAGUUGAUCUUGCUUUUGCUAGAGCUGCAUAUGCUCAGUGGGUGAAUGGUGUCUGUCCAAUUUUUAGUUCAACAGAAUCUGAAGUGUUAAUUUCCAACGGAGCAGAUAAUGCUUGGUCAGUAGAUAUUGAAGGAAUACAGCAUCCGCUUCUCCUUGGGUCUUCUUUAAGAAAUUUCACAGAUUUCAUUGCAUCCAGCUCUGGGGAUCCAUCUAUAACGGAGGAGAAAAGUGGUGCAAUGGCUGCGGUUAAGUCUUCAAAAGGUGUAUCCAGCUUUCCUGUUCCUAUAGAUAUUAAAGUUCAAUGUGGAACACGGGUGGUGGUUAUCUCAGGACCCAAUACAGGAGGUAAAACUGCUUCCAUGAAAACUUUGGGGCUGGCAUCUCUUAUGUCAAAGGCUGGCAUGUAUUUGCCUGCUAAGAAGCAGCCAAGACUUCCGUGGUUUGAUCUUGUUCUUGCAGACAUUGGGGACAGCCAGUCUUUGGAACAAAGUCUUUCAACAUUUAGUGGGCAUAUAUCACGAAUUUGUGAGAUCUUGGAAAUUGCCUCAAAAGAAUCACUUGUCCUCAUCGACGAAAUUGGUAGUGGAACUGAUCCUUUAGAAGGGGUGGCUCUAUCUACCGGUAUCUUGCAGUAUCUCAAAAAUCGUGUUAACUUAGCUGUUGUAACAACUCAUUAUGCGGAUCUAAGUCGUCUUAAAGAGAAGGACUCUCAGUAUGAGAAUGCAGCCAUGGAAUUUUCUCUGGAGACCUUACAACCUACCUACCAGAUACUCUGGGGUAGCAUCGGCAAUUCAAAUGCAUUAACUAUUGCUAAUUCAAUUGGUUUUGAUAAAAAUAUAAUUGAACGUGCAAAGAACUGGGUGGAGAGUCUAAAGCCAGAAAAGCAGCAGGAGCGGAAAGGUGUGCUAUAUCAAUCGCUAAUGGAGGACAGGAACAGAUUGGAAGCUCAGUUCAGGAGGGCUGAAUCUCUUCAUGCUGAAAUUAUGGGACUUUAUCAUGAGGUUAGGGGUGAGGCUGACUAUCUUGAAGAGCGUGAGAUAGCUCUCAGGGCAAAGGAAACCCAGAAGGUUCAACAAGAAUUAAAUGCUGCAAAAUCUCAAAUUGACAGUGUCGUACAGGAGUUUGAGAAUCAGCUCAGAACUGCCAAUUCUGAUGAAUUUAAUUUGUUGAUUAGGAAAUCUGAAUCUGCAAUUAACUCCAUUGUAAAAGCUCACCGCCCUGGUGACAGUUUCUCUUUUACUGAAACAGAUACAAGUUCAUAUCAACCUCGGUCUGGUGAGCAAGUCCAUGUGAAGGGAUUAGGAAACAGGUUAGCUACUGUUGUUGAAGCAUCUGAGGAUGACAACACAUUAUUAGUCCAAUAUGGUAAAAUUAGGGUCCGGGUUGAGAAGAGCAAUGCUAGACCUGUUUCAAAUAGCAAAAAAAAUGCGAGGCAGAGUAUAAAAAGACAGGGAGAACAGAGCAGAGAGUUAGCGAGUAACUUAGAUGCUACAAACAGUGAUGCAAUUGCUUACGGCCCGUUAAUUCAGACAUCAAAGAACACUGUAGAUCUCCGUGGUAUGAGAGUGGAAGAGGCUGCGCACCACCUCGACAUGGCCAUCUCUGCGAGAGGAUCAAAUUCAGUUCUCUUUAUUGUGCAUGGCAUGGGCACUGGUGUCCUUAAGGAGCAAGCACUGGAAAUAUUAGGAAAUCAUCCACGUGUGGCGAAGUAUGAACAGGAAAAUCCAAUGAAUUAUGGUUGUACAGUUGCUUACAUCAAGUGAAGGACAAUUCUUUUCCCUUCUUUUUGAGUUCCAUGUUCAGUAUAGCUUUGUAUAUAUACACAAUUACACAUGUUAAUCUAGUGAGCAAUUUGAUCAUGCUUUUAAUAUCACCUAUGGUGAUUUUGUGUCUUCUUGGAGGUAUUUUGUUUCUUUCAAGAAGACUGGUGAUUAAUGCAAUAAAGGCUCGAGUAGCAAGUGGAACGAUA